ACAUUCCAACCAUUCACGGAAUAGGAUGGACUCCAUAUUGACUGUGAUGCUGGAAAAAAUGUACUAAAUAUGUACUUACAGAAAAGGGUGACUGCUCAUGAAAUACCUCAGGCAAGCGAACCCUUAAAACUGACUGUCCCAACUCAGAGGCCCUCAUUUUCUGCAAUGGUGAUUAUCGGGCCAAGAGGCCCGGGAUCUCAGCGUCUGCUGCUCUCGCUUCUGCUCUUCGCAGCCUGGGAGGUGGGGAGCAGCCAGCUCCACUACUCCGUCUACGAGGAGUCCAAACACGGCACCUUUGUUGGCCGCAUUGCUCAGGACCUGGGGCUGGAGCUGGCGGAGCUGGUGCCGCGCCUGUUCCGGGUGGCGUCCAAAACACACGGGGACCUUCUGGAGGUAAAUCUGCAGAAUGGCAUUUUGUUUGUGAAUUCUCGGAUCGACCGCGAGUUGCUGUGCGGAAGGAGCGCGGAGUGCAGCAUCCACCUGGAGGUGAUAGUGGACAGGCCGCUGCAGGUUUUCCAUGUGGACGUGGAGGUAAAGGACAUUAACGACAACCCGCCAGUGUUCAGAGAAAGGGAACAAAAGGUACCUGUUUCUGAAUCUGCGCCUCUGGACUCUCAUUUUCCUCUAGAGGGCGCUUCUGAUGCGGAUAUCGGCGUAAACUCUCUUUUGACCUAUGCGUUAAGUCUAAAUGAGCAUUUUGAGCUUAAAAUAAAAACAAAAAAAGAUAAAAGUGUAUUGCCUGAAUUAGUUCUUCGGAAGUUAUUGGACAGAGAACAAACGCCAAAACUCAAUUUCUUGCUGAUGGUAAUCGAUGGCGGUAAACCAGAACUAACAGGGUCUGUUCAGAUUCAAAUAACCGUCCUGGAUGUGAAUGACAAUGGUCCGGCGUUUGAUAAGCCCAGCUAUAGAGUGGUGUUGUCUGAAAAUGUCCAAAACGACACAAGAGUGAUCCAACUAAACGCUUCCGAUCCAGACGAAGGACUUAAUGGAGAAAUUUCCUAUGGGAUGAAAAUGAUUUUGCCAGUGAGUGAGAAAUGUAUGUUUUCAAUAAAUCCAGACACAGGUGAAAUUAGAAUUUAUGGUGAAUUGGAUUUUGAAGAGAAUAAUGCCUAUGAAAUUCAGGUUAACGCCAUUGAUAAAGGGAUUCCUUCCAUGGCAGGUCACAGUAUGGUCCUGGUGGAAGUUCUGGACGUGAAUGACAAUGUCCCUGAAGUAAUGAUUACUUCACUGUCACUCCCUGUGCAAGAGGAUGCUCAGGUGGGUACCGUCAUUGCCCUGAUUAGUGUGUCGGAUCGUGACUCUGGAGCCAAUGGACAGGUCACCUGCUCACUGACACCUCAUGUUCCCUUCAAGUUGGUGUCCACCUACAAGAAUUACUACUCAUUGGUGCUGGACAGCGCCCUGGACCGCGAGAGCGUGUCGGCCUAUGAGCUGGUGGUGACCGCGCGGGAUGGGGGCUCGCCUUCGCUGUGGGCCACGGCCAGCGUGUCUGUGGGUGUGGCCGACGUGAACGACAACGCGCCGGCGUUUGCGCAGCCCGAGUACACAGUGUUCGUGAAGGAGAACAACCCGCCGGGCUGCCACAUCUUCACGGUGUCUGCGCGGGACGCGGACGCGCAGGAGAACGCGCUGGUGUCCUAUUCGCUGGUGGAGCGGCGGGUGGGCGAGCGCGCGCUGUCGAGCUACGUGUCGGUGCACGCGGAGAGCGGCAAGGUGUACGCGCUACAGCCGCUGGACCAUGAGGAGCUGGAGCUGCUGCAGUUCCAGGUGAGCGCGCGCGACGCAGGCGUGCCGCCUCUGGGCAGCAACAUGACGCUGCAGGUGUUCGUGCUGGAUGAGAACGACAAUGCGCCGGCGCUGCUGGCGACUCGGGCUGGCAGCGCGGGCGGUGCAGUUAGCGAGCUGGUACCGUGGUCAGUGGGUGCGGGCCAAGUGGUGGCGAAAGUGCGCGCAGUGGACGCUGACUCCGGCUAUAACGCUUGGCUGUCCUACGAGUUGCAACCGGCGGCGGGUGGCGCGCGCAUCCCGUUUCGCGUGGGGCUGUACACUGGCGAGAUCAGCACGACACGCAUCCUGGACGAGGCAGACACUCCGCGCCACCGCCUGCUGGUGCUGGUGAAGGACCACGGUGAGCCCGCGCUGACGGCCACGGCCACGGUGCUGGUGUCGCUGGUGGAGAACGGUCAGGCACCAAAGGUGUCGUCGCGGGCCUCAGUGGGCGCUGUGGGUCCCGAAGCGGCUCUGGUGGACAUCAACGUGUACCUGAUCAUCGCCAUCUGUGCAGUGUCCAGCCUGCUGGUGCUCACACUGCUGCUGUACACUGCGCUGCGGUGCUCAGCGCCUCCCACCAUGAGCCAGUGCUCGCCAGGCAAGCCCACGCUGGUGUACUCCAGCGCCAUGGGGAGUUGGUCUUACUCGCAGCAGAGGAGGCAGAGGGUGUGCUCUGGAGAGGGCCCGCCCAAGACGGACCUCAUGGCUUUCAGUCCAAGCCUUCAGCUGUCUCGAGAAGAUUGUUUAAAUCCUCCCAGUGAAGAAGCCAAUUCGGGCUACAAUGCAUGGCUUUUGUAUGAAUUGCAGCCGGGGGCGAUAUCUCUGAGGGUUUUGGAGUGUAUCAUGGUGUUUUCCUGGCAAGGAGGCCCAAGACAGCGGCAACUACUGCUCUGGCUUCUGAUCCUCGCAGCCUGGGAGACGGGUAGUGGCCAGCUCCACUACUCCGUCCCCGAGGAAGCAAAACACGGCACCUUCGUGGGGCGCAUCGCUCAGGACCUAGGGCUGGAGCUGGCAGAGCUGGUGCCGCGCCUGUUCCGGGUGGCGUCCAAAACACACGGGGACCUUCUGGAGGUAAAUCUGCAGAAUGGCAUUUUGUUUGUGAAUUCUCGGAUCGACCGCGAGGAGCUGUGCGGGCGGAGCGCGGAGUGCAGCAUCCACCUGGAGGUGAUCGUGGACAGGCCGCUACAGGUUUUCCAUGUGGAGGUGAAGGUGAGGGACAUUAACGACAACCCGCCCGUAUUUCCUGAAAGCAAGAAACGAAUAACCAUUGCAGAAUCUAGACCUCCAGAAACUCGAUUUCCACUAGAUGGCGCAUCCGAUGCAGAUAUUGGAGUAAACUCGGCAUUGACCUACCGACUGUAUCCCAACGAUUAUUUCGCUUUGGACACACAAAAUAGUCGUGAGCAAAUGUCUUCAUUAUCACUUAUACUGAGGAAAACACUGGACAGAGAGGAAAUUCAGGAACAUACUUUAUUACUGACAGCCAGUGAUGGAGGUAAACCCGAACUGACAGGCACAGUUCAACUGCUCAUCACGAUUCUGGACGUGAAUGAUAACGCCCCGGAAUUUUACCAAUCCGUUUAUAAAGUGACGAUGUUAGAGAACGCAUUCAAUGGAACGUUAGUGAUCAAACUAAAUGCCACAGAUCCUGAUGAUGGUACAAAUGGAGAUAUAGUUUACUCAUUUAGAAGGCCUGUAUCGCCUGCAGUGGUAUAUGCAUUUACCAUAAAUCCCAACAACGGAGAAAUUAGGACAAAAGGCAAACUAGAUUUCGAAGAAAAGAAAUUGUAUGAAAUAUCUGUGGAGGCAGUUGACAAAGGAAAUAUUCCAAUGGCGGGUCAUUGUACCCUUUUGGUGGAAGUACUAGAUGUAAAUGAUAACGCCCCAGAGGUUACCAUCACUUCUUUGUCACUCCCCAUCAGAGAAGACACUCAGCCUAGCGCCAUCAUUGCCCUCAUCAGUGUGUCCGAUCGUGACUCUGGCUCAAACGGACAGGUCACCUGCACCCUGACGCCGCACGUCCCCUUCAAGCUGGUGUCCACCUACAAGAAUUACUACUCAUUGGUGUUGGACAGCGCCCUGGACCGAGAGAGCGUGUCAGCCUAUGAACUGGUGGUGACCGCGCGGGAUGGGGGCUCGCCUUCGCUGUGGGCCACGGCCAGCGUGUCCGUGGGAGUGGCCGACGUGAACGACAACGCGCCGGCGUUCGCGCAGUCCGAGUACACGGUGUUCGUGAAAGAGAACAACCCGCCGGGCUGCCACAUCUUCACGGUGUCUGCGCGGGACGCGGACGCGCAGGAGAACGCGCUGGUGUCCUAUUCGCUGGUGGAGCGGCGGGUGGGCGAGCGCGCGCUGUCGAGCUACGUGUCGGUGCACGCGCAGAGCGGCAAGGUGUACGUGCUGCAGCCGCUGGACCACGAGGAACUGGAGCUGCUGCAGUUCCAGGUGAGCGCGCUCGAUGCGGGCGUGCCGCCUCUGGGCAGCAACGUGACGCUGCAGGUGUUCGUGCUGGAUGAGAACGACAACGCGCCGGCUCUACUGACGCCCGGAGCUGGCAGCGCUGGAGGCACAGUGAGCGAGCUGGUGUCGCGGUCGGUGGGUGCAGGCCACGUGGUGGCGAAGGUGCGCGCAGUGGACGCCGAUUCCGGCUACAAUGCUUGGCUUUCGUAUGAAUUGCAACCGGCGGCGGUCGGCUCGCGCAUCCCGUUCCGCGUGGGGCUGUACACUGGCGAGAUCAGCACAACACGCACUCUGGACGAGGUGGACGCCCGGCGCCACCGCCUUCUGGUGCUGGUGAAGGACCACGGUGAGCCCGCGCUGACGGCCACGGCAACGGUGCUAUUGUCGUUGGUGGAGAGCGGCCAACAGCCAAAGGCGUCGUCGAGGGCGUCCGCAGGCGCUGUGGGUCAGGAAGCGGCGCUGGUGGAUGUCAACGUGUACCUGAUCAUUGCCAUCUGCGCAGUGUCCAGCCUGUUGGUGCUCACGCUGCUACUGUAUACUGCGCUGCGGUGCUCGUCGCCGCACACCGAGGGCGCGUGCGCCCUGGGCAAGCCCACUCUGGUGUGCUCUAGCGCGGUAGGGAGUUGGUCGUACUCGCAGCAGAGGCAGCAGAGGGUGUGCUCUGGGGAGGGCCCACCUAAGACGGACCUCAUGGCCUUCAGUCCCAGCCUUCCUCCUUGCCCACUGUCAAGAGAUCGAGACCAUCCUGGCCAACAUGUAGAUUUGUCCAAUAGCGUAUCACCACGACAGCCCAACCCUGACUGGCGUUACUCUGCUUCCCUGAGAGCAGGCAUGCACAGCUCUGUGCACCUAGAGGAGGCUGGCAUUCUACGGGCUGGUCCAGGAGGGCCUGAUCAGCAGUGGCCAACAGUAUCCAGUGCAACACCAGAACCAGAGGCAGGAGAAGUGUCCCCUCCAGUUGGUGCGGGUGUCAACAGCAACAGCUGGACCUUUAAAUACGGACCAGGCAACCCCAAACAAUCCGGUCCCGGUGAGUUGCCAGACAAAUUCAUUAUCCCAGGAUCUCCUGCAAUCAUCUCCAUCCGGCAGGAGCCUACUAACAACCAAAUUGACAAAAGUGACUUCAUAACCUUCGGCAAAAAGGAGGAGACCAAGAAAAAGAAGAAAAAGAAGAAGGGUAACAAGACCCAGGAGAAAAAAGAGAAAGGGAACAGCACGACUGACAACAGUGACCAGUGAGGUCCUCAAAUGGAAACAAGCCACUUAGCCAGUUUUUGUAAUAAUGGCAAAUCUCUCCCAUGUAGCAACUCCCUGCUCCUUUUUCCUAUCUGUGUGAGCCCUCUUAGAGACCUCAGAAAUCUGCAGAAAGUUCCCUGUGUCUGUCUAGAACGCAUUUAACAGGUUUUGUCGUAAAAGCUUUACUAAGUCUGGUGUUAACUCUUUCUCUCCACUCUGGCUUGUUUUCAGAACCUAAAAAGCAGACCCAAGUUUCCUUUCUCCUCCGCCGCAAAGGAGAGGCUUCCCAGCCCCGCCAGUGAGAGGUUGGACUCUCUGCCCUGUGCUCCGGGGAUCCUGUCUUGAUGACACUUGCAGGGCAGGCUGAAAAGUUUUGAGAUUGAGCAGCUUGGGUGUUUGUGGCCACUGGGUAUGUGUGGCCACCGCAGGUAUGCGAGUGCCAGACAUUGGCUGAGACGGGCCAGCUUAGACUAAUUGGUACAAGGAAGGCAAGAGAACAAAGACAAAUAAACAGCGGAAGUUAUCAGUGUGGAGGGGAAGUGUAAACUAAAAGGGACCAGACUUUCUAAAUCUUACAACUCAAGAGGUGGUGGCCACCCUCUAGGAGACAAAACUACCCCCACUGACAAGGCUUUAGGAGACCCUAAAGUCCAUUGGCUGUGAUGUCAUUAUCCUAAAAUCUGCAUCUUACCUGCGAGUCAACAGUUCAGUGUUUUAACAGAGAACCACCCUGGGAAACAGAAGCAGAUCUGAUGUGUUUCCUAUACAUGUCCUGUGCUCACUUUAUUAAAAAUUCUUUUGCACACAAUGUUUAUGAAAAGGUCAGAUCCUUUUCCAAUACUUAUGCAAAAGCAAAAGAAAACCCCAACACCUCACCUUUCGCUGUUUGUUGUUUCAUAGAUUUAUUUAAAAAAAGAGAAAGUCUAUAGCUAUAAAUCUUUAAAGAGAAAUAUGAAUACAGUUCCCCUAAACUUUCCUCAAAAGAGAAUUGAGUCUACAGCCAUUUAAAUGAUCAUUGCUGCUACAGAAGUGCUUUAAGAGAAUUGCCUGAAACAUCUGUAUUAUAUCGGCCACCUGCCAAUCACAGCUUUACUCUUUCAGGUCACUCUGGGGCUGCCUCUUGCAUGUAUUACUAAAUAAAAUGAUCUCUCUCUCUCUCUCUCUCUCUCUCUUUUCUAAGAAACAAUUAUGUGCACUUUGAUACACAACCUUCUCUAACCAACUAUAUCAAGACCCAAAAAUUGAAGAAAAAUAUUGUUUUCUCAUACAGUGAGCAGAUUUUUCAGUCUUCUAAUUCUGACUUGUCUUGGUGUGCUAGCCUACACCUUCUCUUUGGUUUAGUUUUCCUUUUCUAUAACACUCUGAAUUGCUAAUCUUACUAACACCUAUGAUGUUACCUGAAAUCAAUCUCCCAUAUGUAUGCUGUAUGCUAUGAUAAGACUCCUGAAAUAUACUUACUCUGUGCUUGUGUAUGUGAAUGUUAAUGCAACUAUUACCUAGAGUGAACUUUAAGCUUUAUUGUUGAAUGUAAUUCCAUUAUAUUUCCUUUUGUACACCUGUGAAAAAGUGGAGUAGUGUUUUUUUAACCAUUGUUAAUCAGCUUUUGUGUAUGAAAGACACAGUAAAAAUUUCUUUCUUAAAUCAAGAUACUGGUGAUUCAAGGAAUUUUAUUUAUGGUCCAACCAAGAGCCAUCUCUUGCCAAGACUUCUGCUGGCAAGGGAAUGGAUAAAGCUGUUUUGUUCUAGUAACAAUUUUGGAAUGAAUACUGACAAUAUUCCAUGAGGGUGUGCAAGCACAAAUUUUACCAAUCUGACCUCUUUGAAGUUGCAGAAUGCUUUGAAAUUCUAAUGGUAUCUGAAGUAUCAGCUCAUAGAAAGUAAUAAAAUUUGCUGUCACCUUAAAUAAGACAUUUUAAUUUUGUUAUAAUGUACAAUUUAGAAGUUUGAUUAAUUAUAUUAUCUAUUUAGGCAUUAAUAUAAAAGAAGUAGGAGUCUGUUAUUUAAAAAAAAAAGCAUUAAAUUAAAAAAAAAACUGUCUUGUCUACUUUUAGCUUCAUUCUCCCAUAUUUUGAAGGGUGUGUAACUUCAGCUCUGCAGGAUUGCAUGGGGUAAAACUUGUUGCCAACACAUGUGAACCAUUGCCACAUUGUAGGUUGUGAUCAUUUUGCCCCACUGAAGCCCAUGUAUCUGACCUUACGUGCCUUUUGAACUAGGAGAAUCGGGCUAAUUUGUUAAUGAUGAUAAUUAUAAUGUAUCUGUACAGCACUUUUUACAUUUGCGAAGUGCUUUCCAAUCCAUGUUAGUUACUAGUUAUUACAGCUGUAAGGAUAAAACACGUCAUGUGGAUUCAUUUUGAAUUGGUGCUAUUGGUAUUUCCUCUGUUAUUGCUAAUAAAUGAAAAUGGUGGUAUGAAA